AUGCGUUCGUUUUUCGACCGAAGAACGAUCCCGCUGCUGGUCAUCAUCGUGGGACUGUCGGCGGCACUGAUUGCCGUUUGCAUCGAUGCGUACGCUGGUGAUUCGGAUGAUGAAGAUCGUCCAAAGCAACCCGAUGAUCAGGCACCGCUGGAAUGCGACCAGGCGUCAGUCACUACAGCGAGCGGUGCGUUCGUGAAGCACAGUGCCUUCUGUUCGGGAGAUCUGAUCUUUGAGGAUAACUUCGAUCGGUUGGAUUUGGAACGGUGGCAACAUGAGCAUACGCUUAGUGGAGGUGGUAACUGGGAGUUCCAGUACUACCUAAACAGUCGACGCAAUUCCUACGUGAAGGAUGGCAUUUUCUUCAUCCGUCCAACGCUGAUAGCAGACGAGCAAGGCGAAGGGUUUCUCUCGAGUGGAACUUUGAGCAUCCACGGUGGUACACCGUACGAUUUUUGCACAAAUCCAUCAGACUACGGCUGUGAGCGACAGGGCAGUCCAACGAAUUACCUGAACCCGAUCAAGAGUGCCCGCAUCCGGACGAUCAACUCGUUCAACUUCCGGUACGGAAAGGUUGAAAUCCGUGCCAAGCUCCCGACCGGUGACUGGCUGUGGCCGGCCCUUUGGCUGAUGCCGAAGCUGAACCAGUACGGUACGUGGCCCGCAUCGGGUGAAAUCGAUCUGAUGGAAAGCCGUGGCAAUCUCGACUACAGUGUUAACGGUAAUCAGUUGGGUGUGGAACACGUCGGUACCACCUUACACUUCGGUCCGUACCCGGGACUGAACGGGUACGAAAUGGCAACAUCCGCUAAGUACUCACCGUCCGGGCAGGGUUUCAAUAAGGAUUUCCAUCGCUACCAGCUUGAGUGGACGCCAGACUAUAUGCGAUUCUUGGUAGACGACGAGCAGGUGAUGCAGGUGAACGGUAACUUUUGGGAGCUGGGUCGUUUCGGUGAACGGGAUCCCAAUGCGCACAAUCCUUGGGUUACCGGUGGUAAGAUGGCACCGUUCGAUCAGGAGUUCUACAUCAUCUUAAACCUGGCAGUUGGUGGAACGAAUGGAUACUUCCCCGAUACGCCACCGGCAGUUAACGCUAAUGGUAACAAACCAUGGGUAAACCCAUCCUCUACCGCGUUCCGCGAUUUCUGGUUGGGCCGAACGGACUGGCUGCCAACGUGGAAGCUGGAGGAGAACGAUAGUGUCGAAGCAUCGCUGCAGGUGGAUUAUGUGCGGGUCUGGGCAUUAUAA